CCACUGCGGUACCCGUAAUAGCGGUAACGUGGAGGUCUGAAUGACAGAUCAUCAGCUGCAGGAGUAUCUUUGACAGUCUGUUAGCUGUAAGAUAAUAGUUCGAUGAACAGGGGACUUUAAUGUAAUGUUUGGACGUUAUAAUGGAGAUCAUAUACCGCCAAGGCGUUUGGAUGGCGGAGGCUCUUCAGCUGAGGACAAGAAGCUAUGAGGAUUUCUGGCUAGUUUCUUCUCAUAUGGGAGACCCGAAAGCAGCAGUUCUCCUCGUCUUUCCGGUUGUGUUUUACAUUCAUCGACGGACUGGCAUCGCUGUUCUCUGGGUAGCAGCUUUAUCAGAGUGGCUUAAUUUGGUUCUCAAAUGGAUCCUGUUUGGUGAGAGGCCAUAUUGGUGGAUUGGAGAAUCUGGAUUGUUUUCUAAAAACCCACCGAAAGUCCAGCAGUUUCUGUCCACCUGCGAGACUGGCCCAGGCAGUCCGUCAGGUCAUGCCAUGGUCACUAGUGCUGUCUGGUGGCUGAUCGUCUCUUCACUGGCGUCAUUCUUUCACACUCGCACAGGCAGUAAGAUGUUAGCUGCAGUGCCGUAUCUGUUGUAUGCAGUAUUUUUGGGAUGCGUGGGCCUUUCACGGAUCUUUAUCCUGGCUCACUUCCCUCAUCAAGUCAUUGCAGGUCUUCUGACAGGAGUGUUGCUGGGGAUUUAUCUGAACCGGACUGUGCCUGAAUGUCGCCCUCUGCUGUUCUUCUUUUGCUGUAGCUUGACUUUGCUCUUUGGAACUCUUGUGCUGCAUGGUGCCCUGCAAAAGACUGGGAUUGAUCUUUCUUGGUCCAUCUCACUGGCUAAGAGGCGGUGUUCUCGCUCCGAGUGGAUCCGUUUGGACACGGCACCCUUCUCCUCUCUGAACCGUGAUGCCGGGGUUCUGCUAGGACUAGGACUUUCACAGUAUUGGAAGCCAGGUGGAUGGGCUCUUCCGUGGGUACCCAGGACUCUCUGUCUGGCCCUCUCGUCCAUGGCCCUCCACUACAUCAGCAGUUUCCCUGUGCCCACUGUUCCUCCUCUUCUCUUCUACUCCCUGUUCUUUCUGAAAUACACCAUUGUGCCGCAGGUGGUCAUGGUGUUAGUACCAGGAUUUGUGCAUCUCCUCACAGCCAAACCCAAGAGGGAGUAAAAAUGUCGCAGCUUUCAGUGUUUGAACCAGCCAUUGACACAAAUCAUCUCGAAGAUCAUUAAUCAUUAAUGGAGUAAUAUUGAAAUACAAGAAGACAAUGCAGUUGCUUCCAGCUUUAAAGAUUGUUUUGCAACAACAACAAAAAAGUGAUAUGGAAGGAAUAUGGAUUGCUGCAGUUCAUAAACAUUUCGUUUGUGCCAAAGAAAGUAUUAAGUGAAAAUGUUUCUUGUUGUUGUUCUUUGAUGAUUCUUUUUAAAAAGUUCAAUUGUUUACUCUAUUUAUUUUUUCUUUCUUUUUUUAAGCUUUCAAGUUAUUUGAAUUGCUUUGGACCAAUCUAUAUUCUGUCUCAGCAAAGUGAUGAAGAAAACUAGAUUUGAGAGUGAGUGGUCUGUUCAAAAACUCACCACCAAGAUUUUUUCUUCUUUUUUUCUUUAGUGUUGGUAAAUUUUUAAAAUUUAAAUUAAAUUGUUCUAGGUU